AUGCUCUCCUAUAGAGAUGCCAUGGCCUCUACGACAUCUAACACAGCGUUUGGCAACGCAUACAAGAGCGUCCAAGCUAACAACAUUAACGGCUCUGUCCACAUUGGUACGUCGCGGGACCGACUUGAGAACACACUCGACCGUCUCCCGUGCGCCGAAGAUGCGCUCUUCAACUCAUACGCUAAGCAGCACGAGCCUGCAUGCCUCCCUGACACGCGCGUCGACCUGCUACAAGAGAUAUACAGCUGGGCAGAUGGGCAAGACGAGCGGUGCAUCUUCUGGCUGAGCGGUCUGGCAGGCACAGGCAAGUCGACGAUCGCGCGGACGGUGGCGCGCAGCUACUACGAUAAGCAGUGCCUGGCGGCCAGCUUCUUCUUCUCGCGCGGCGGCGGCGACGCAGGCCAUGCAGGGAAGUUCGUGACGAGCCUUGCGGUGCAGCUUGCGCGCAAUGUGCCAGCAUUAAAGGAGCGCAUCAGCGACGCAGUUGUAGAACGUGACGACAUUGCUAGCCAGUCUCUACGCGACCAGUGGCAUCACCUUGUCCUCGGACCAUUAUCGAAGCUUGGCAACAGUAACUGUCCAGCCUCGCUCGUUCUAGUUGUGGACGCGCUCGACGAGUGCAAUAGCAACGACAAUAUCCGCAUUAUUGUGCAGCUGCUGGCUAAAGUGCGGUCGUCAUUAACAGGUGCCCGGCUGCGGGUGUUGCUGACAAGCAGGCCAGAGGUGCCGAUCCGACACGGGUUCCGCCAGAUUCCUGAGGCGGAGCACCAGGAUGUUGUGCUGCACAACAUAUCGCGGUCUAUUGUCGACCGCGACAUAGCCCUUUUCCUAGAAUACAGUCUCCAGCUUAUCGCACAGGAACGCUGUCUGCGCGCUGGCUGGCCAAGUACAGAGAUCGUUGUGCAGCUGGUCCAGAGUGCAGACGGCCUCUUUAUCUGGGCUGCAACAGCGUGUCGCUUUAUCCAAGAAGGGAAACGGUUCGCAGCAAAGAGACUAGAGACAAUCUUGUGCAAUAGAGACACUACCUCUGUCGCCCCAGAGAGGCAUCUUAACGAGAUCUAUACUACAGUGCUAAAGAAUUCAAUCCAAGACUAUGCAGACGAAGAAAAAGAGGAGCAGUGUAGAGCACUUCGAUAUAUUAUUGGCAGCAUAGCAGUGCUGUUCUCUCCUCUCUCUGCACAGUCUCUAGAUCAGCUACUUGACGUUGCAGAAGGGGUUGGGCCGACGUUAGAAGAUCUCCACGCGAUUCUCGACAUCCCAAACAAUAGAAGCCGGCCAAUCCGCCUGCACCAUCCAUCAUUCCGCGACUUCCUACUCGAUAGAAAGAGAUGCGGCGACGACAGAUUCUACGUAGACGAGAAGAGUACCCAUAAAAAGCUGGCGUCUUGCUGUCUUGAGCUCAUGUCAGCGUCUAACGGCCUUCGGCAGGAUAUCUGCAACCUCUUAGAACCUGGGGUGCUUAGAAGCGAAAUCGAUGAGAGCAAGAUCACGGCUAGUUUGCCUCCCGAGCUGCAGUACGCGUGCCGCUACUGGGUCGAUCAUCUCGAGCGCAGCGGGCGCAGCAUCGAAGACGGAGACGCCACGCACUGCUUCCUCGAAAAACAUCUUCUUCACUGGCUUGAGGCUAUGAGCCUACUCAACGAAACGAGUCUAUGCGUGCGACUAGUGGCGAGGCUGCAGGCGCUAGCGACGGUAGAGCAUUCCUAUCUAAGUAACUAUCGUGUUUCAUGCUAA